AAUAACUUUGUCUUCAAAAUAACUUUGCCCAUUUAUCUGGGCAGUUAUCUUACCUUGAACUAAAAUUUGAAUGCUGAAGCACCUUCUAUCGAUUCUUUAAGAAGUGAACAGAAGCUUUUUGUGAUAAUUCCUGAUUUUUAGAUAGUGAGUGUAAAAUUUCUCAAGUCAAAAGAGCUUCGAAGUAAUACGAUAUUUCCCCAUUUACAACAUUAUAGCUCCGCUAACUCUUUGCAUCUGUUUCUCCUUCAGUGAUUAUUUGUUCAAACUUUUGCUAAUUGGACAUUCUGGUGUUGGGAAAUCAUGUCUUCUUCUGAGAUUUUCUGUAAGUGGAUAUUAUAUGUACUCCUGUGUAUGCUGGACAACUAUUUAGUUGAGUAUCAAAGUCUUGCUCAGCUUGUGUAUGAUGAUUCUUUCAUUUUCUUUUCCUACGGUCUUUCAUUCCUGCGGUUUUGAGAAAUGACAUUCUAAGCCUGCUGAAUGCUGAUUCAUUUUAAGAAGUCUGCCCAGUUUCCAGUAGUGGCUGACUGACUGUUAGUUAUAGUUUGGGAACAUAAAGAUGUCUAAAAAUAGUCACAAAACUGAAACUGUCUUAUUAGUUUUGUUAGGAUGACACAUACAUGGAGAGCUAUAUAAGCACCAUUGGAGUUGACCUUGGGCACAGCCUUCCAGGAAGGGAGGGUGUGGGUCUGGGUAAGUAGAAGCAAAAAGGAAGGUGAAUAAAGGGUAAAGGUCACUACUUAUUCUUCCGUGUAGAAAAUCUGCACUGUGGAGCAAGAUCGGAAAACACUGAAGCUUGAAAUAAAUCUUUAUCAUACUUUCAUAGUCAGCCACUUAUAGGAGUUAUAGAGAACAAAGAAAGAACUAUGCUUUCCCCAUGUAUCUGUGCUUCCAAUCCCUUUAACCAAAUGCAGUUUGUGAGACGUUACCCUCACACCUCACCUUCAUCAUCAUUCUCGGUUUGGAAGCCCAAUUGCCUCUACCCCUUUAUUAAAUGCAGUAUUAAACGGGAGAAGGGUGUGCAAAGAGGGGUUAAUAGUAGGGAGAAUGUGGAACUGAAAGAGAAGGGCAAGGGCAAGGAUAAUGUGUGGAGUAUUGACAACAAAGUUGCAAAUGCCGAGGAUGAGAAGUUGGUCAGAAAGAAGAAGAGAGGAAAAGAUAAGAAAAUGAUGAGGAACGUUUCGGAGAAGAGUGGAUAUGGACGAAUCAUGAUCUCCAGUGCUAUGUUAAUUGAGAUUGAAACAGUGUUACAAACUCAGGAACCUGUCAUUCGGCCCAUAUGGAAUACAUUUGCAAGUAGUGUUAGUGGCAUAUGGAAGGGAGUGGGAGCAGUCUUCUCUCCUGUGACUGCAGAAAUUGAGCCAAUUGAAGUGGGUGACAAGAAUGAGAACCUCUUUGACUGUUAUACCCUUACUCGUGUUGAAGCUUUUCCUUCAUCAGCUGGGGAUGGUCAGACUUCCCACAUCCAGAGGAAAGUCAAUUGGGUACCGCUGAAUCCCUAUGGUGAAGUUCCAGAGUUGGGUGGAGAAAGACCUUUGGGUAUGAGGAGGACGGCAGAAGAAACUCUUAAAAACAACAAGCUGCCAAAGUUUGAAUCUUUUGACUUUGGAAAGAGUGACGUGAUGGAGGAGGAUAUAAUGGGAAUGGAACCUGGUCUCGUAUUCUUUGAGGAUGGAUCUUACUCGAGAGGGCCAGUAGAUAUUCCUGUUGGUGAAGUUGACGUGUCAAAGAAUUACCUUUCCCCAACAUUCAAGUUUGAACAAUGUUUGGUCAAAGGGUGCCAUAAGAGACUUCGCAUGGUUCAUACUAUAGAAUUCAGUAAUGGGGGUUCUGAUAUUCAGAUAUUGAGAGUUGCUGUUUAUGAAGAACAAUGGGUUUGUCCGACCAAUCUUUCUGACCUCAGUGAUACAGAGAUGGAGAUGAAGCCAUUUUCACACAGGAGGAGAGUUCAACCAGGAGAGCUGGCUGGGUCAUGGAAGGUGUUUGAGAUGAGUGCCACACCAGUUUACGGCGAGGGGGAUUGUACAGUUGGGAAUGUUGUGCCGUAUGUAUACCUUUGCACUGAGAAUCUAAAGAAAAGAAGUUUGCCCGAAAAUGUCGUUCACUUUGGGGAGGAAGAGUUGCGAGACAUGCAAGAUGCUACUGUCCUGUGGCUGCCGGGAGGUGUCACCAGCUAUGUUGACGUGAAAGAGGAUGGAAUAUUGUGCAUCGGAGUUGGGUGGUAUUCGGAUGAGGGAAUAAACCUGGUCCUAGAACGGGAUUAUGGAACAGAUGGGAAACUCAAGGAAGUUAGGUGGAAGUCUGAAGUGAAGAGAAGGUGGACUAACCCUCCUCCCAUGUAGUUUGUUAAUAACUUUAUUUCUAGUUGAUCAUUGUAUAUUUCAAUGCUUUUUUAUGGUUGAUCAACAUAUGUUUUUUUUCUGAGUACUAUACUUGUAGACAAUCAGCAACUAAAUCUAUAUUGGAGUUGAAUGUCAAAAGAGUUUCCUCUAGUCAAUUUUGAAACCCAUCUUAGGAUUAGCUUGGUAUUGAGGUAUUCUGGUAUGUACAAUUCUUUGCGUACAUGUAUAAAAAGGGAGCUUGACACGA